AUGCCAGCGGGUGUUUCUUGGCCUCGAUAUCUAACAUUCGCUGCAGCAGCCUUUGCCAGCAUGAUUACCGGGUCGCAGAUUGUUCACCUACACUAUCGCCCACUUGUAGAUCUUCACAAAUAUAUUUAUAAGGAAUUGGAAAAUUUCCCCGAAGAUAUACAAGAAAAAAUUAAAAAUGAACUGAGAGAGGAAGGUAUUUUAAAAUAACUUGUUAGUGAUAACUUGUAAGGCUGGUUUUAUCGUGAACGUAGUAUUGAGAAUUUGUAAAUAGUAAUUUGUUUCAGAAACAGCUAAAAUCAUUAAAUAUGUUGCAAUAAAUUUGCUACUUUCAUUUAUUGAAACUA